GCAACACCGCGCGCAGAUGCAUUGAUCAAGUCAACUCCGUCGAGAUCGGCGCUUCUUCGCCGCUUGCAAUGCCGCCAGUGCGAGGCUAGCGAUGCUGUACGAAAGAAUACAGACGGAGCCGGUCCACCCUCUUCGCAGGCCCCGAGACCCACAAUUGCACCUAAGCAGCUCGGCCUCUUCCGACCUGGAGACACGCGGUAGUGCGCAGGUCAUCGUGCCAGACUCGGACGAAGAGGCAGAAGGAGAGGAGCUGGCAGAAGGAGAGAAGGAAAAUGUGCCGCCUGGAGCCUCCGUGGCGAGCCGUACUCCCGUGAAUCCAGUGAAGCAGAUAGGUAAAAUGACGACCCAACGCGCACAGACGCCGACUUCGCAGCCGCCAAGCAGCUUCGCAUUCACAGAGAUCCCGUUGGCGCAGCUCCCAACCCAUGAAUUGCAAGCACAACUCAAUGAACGCCUGCGAGACAAAGAUAGAGUCAUGGAGCAAAUUCUUGCAAUCAUUGGGGGGGAUGCGGCACCUGGAGCCGAUAUGGGCUUUUUGUCUCAUCAAAGAACAUAUCUUACUCAACGUAUUGGGGAUCUGACACGGGAGAUGGAGGCGAGGAAAGACGCGUCUGCCUACAGAAGAGGAAAUGCAUCAGAUGAAGUGCAAACUGGUGGGACGACUGGAUCAAGCCGUGCUCUUGUGCCCGACACGCCAAGAAGGGCUAGUCGCGUCGCUCAGGACAAGUCUGAGACACAGGGCAAAGAGAAGACUCUUGCGCUGGUCGGUAGCAGCUCUCCUCUAUCUCAACAGGAGCGCACAUCUCAUGGCUCUGGAAGAUACCUUCAACCGCGUCAGCCCCCAGACAAAGCCCCAUCUUCGCCAUCGCUUCUCAAGGCGCCGGCGGGGAGGGAUGGGCCCCCGCUUCCGGGGCCAUCGGCACGCGCGGCAUCGCGUUCGUCGGGAAGCUUGGGUCAGCCGCAAGAGAUAGGAUCGUCCCCGCCUCCAGUAAAGAAGCGCAAGAUCACACCACCAUCGCAGCCAUCCUCCAUUGUGCAUGUGGAAAUCAUCUCGAGCUCGAGCGACGGACCGCAGGAACCUGAUGCUUUAUCCGGAAACGACGAGGCUCGCUCCUUUUCCAGAGCAUACGCACAGAAUGCAACUGCCAGCUCUGAAAGGCAUGCUAUGAAGGGGACCACUAUCUUGCAAGGUGGUCAGCCUCGCCCAAGCGGCUUCCGCCCUGCGCCUAUGCUGCCACCCCAAGGAAGGUCUGCGCAACAAAGUAGUGUGCAUACAGCCAGCCCCUCGACUCGUCUACAGCAACAAAUGCGGCCACCGCAGGUGGCUGCAGUGGUUCGCCAAAGGCCUACGCAGGGGCAAGUGCACUCUGAUACAUAUCCAGUGGAUGAUUUCGACGAGGCAGAGCUUGCCGCCAUGGAGGAGGUGGAGAGAAGCGUCAGUCAUGAUGGACGUACACAUGUGCGCCAGCAGCCCCAGCCUGCUCAAAUCUCAGCGGCCGUAGUAGCAGCAACCCCUGUCCCACAGGCUGGGCCCUCUCGUCCAUGUGUAAGCGUUGCAGGAGGGCCAUCAAAUCCUGUUGUUAUUCGAACAUCCCAACAACCUCCAUCGCGCAGCAACGCAGCCAACGAGUUGCACGAAUCACGUCACGAUACUCUGCGAAGCAAGCUGGUGUACAAGUUUUCAGCUGAUGUAUGCUACGUUCUCACACAAACGUUCAAGCUUCAAGAGUUUCGACACCACCAGCUUGACGCCAUCAAUAGCACGCUCAAAGGCAAAGAUGUUUUUUGCCUCAUGCCGACUGGCGGGGGGAAGAGUCUGUGCUACCAAUUACCCGCGCUGGUCAAUUCCGGUAAGACUCGUGGUCUCACUAUCGUCAUCUCGCCGCUUUUGUCUCUCAUUCACGACCAAGUUCGGCAUUUAAAUGCGCUUUCGAUUCCUGCGCUUGCUCUGACCGGAGAUCUCUCCCGCACCAAUCGAGAUUUGGUUUUUCAAGAGCUUCACAGACCCGACUUGAUCUGCAAGCUUCUCUACGUCACGCCGGAACUGAUGUCCAAAAGCGGACAGGCCAAGAGCGUAUUUACCAGGCUCUACGAGCAGAACAAGCUCGCCCGCUUCGUCGUUGAUGAAGCACACUGUGUCAGUCAGUGGGGUCACGAUUUCAGGCCCGACUACAAAGAGCUGCGCUCCCUCCGAACGACCUACCCGACGGUGCCGAUAAUGGCGAUGACCGCAACGGCGACCAAGCGCGUGAGACUGGACGUUAUCAAUGUUUUGCGCAUCCAAGAGUCUGUUCAGCUCGAGCAAUCGUUUAACAGGCCAAACUUGCACUAUGAAGUCCGCAAGAAGGGAGCCGGGUCUCUCUUAGACGUCGCGAGCUUCAUCAAGACCAAGCACUCGAACGAGUGCGGCAUUGUCUAUUGCUUAGGACGGAAACAGUGCGAAGACGUUGCAGAUAAGCUUACGAGGCAGCAUGACAUUCCUGCGAAGCACUAUCAUGCGGGUCUCGGCAAGGGUGACCGUGUUGCCUUUCAAACACAAUGGCAAGCAGGGGACUUUAAGGUCAUGGUGGCAACCAUCGCGUUCGGCAUGGGCAUCGAUAAGGGAGAUGUGCGCUUCGUCGUUCAUCACACCGUCCCGCAAUCCUUAGAAGGUUACUACCAAGAGACCGGCCGGGCUGGGAGAGACGGGAAAGUCUCAGACUGCAUUCUCUACUUUGCCCCCCGCGACAUCAGUAUGGUCCGCAAACUCAUUAGUGACGGUGACGCCAGCGCUCAUCAGAAGCAGCAACAGAUGGAAAAUCUCGAGCGGGUGGUGCAGUACUGCUACAACACGUAUGAUUGCCGUCGUCAGCAGGUGUUGCGCUACUUUGACGAGAACUUUCCCCCGGAAGACUGUCAUCAGACUUGUGACAACUGCAGAAGAGACUCGGGAGAGCUGGAGGAGAAGGACUACACGGAGACAGCGGCACAGAUCCUCAAGAUGAUUCCCGCUCUCACUGGCCAUGUUACCUUGCAGCAUUGCGUGGAUGUGUUUCGCGGCUCGGCCAAGCGCGAGAUCAAAGAUCGCGGGCACGACCGAAGCCCAUAUGCCGGCAAAGGCAAGCCUCUGGACCGCACCGAGCUCGAGCGCCUCUUCUACAUCCUGCACAGUGAGAAGGGCAUUCAGGAGUACACGAAGACGAACAGCGCAGGCUACGUGAACGCGUACAUAGAGCCUGGAACAAAUGCUGACGCGAUUAUCAGUGGGCGUCACAAGGUCGUGAUGGACGUACCGAAAGCCAAGUUGAACCAGCCUACGGCGAAAGGGAGAAGAGAUCCGAACGCAAACAGGCCGCGCAUCAUGAUGCAGCCUGCUUCGAUGGACGAAUUCAUGAGCAUCGACGACCAACAGGCGGCACGUCCGACCAGAAAAUCGACCAAUCCGGGGCCCACUUACGCGGUUCCUGAUGGCGACGGCGAAGAUGAUGACGACUAUCAGCCAAGUCAGAGCGCCUCAAGUGACCCUGUGCCGCGCAACCAAAGGGCUUUGGAGAGUCUCCGCCAUACGAGAGCUAGUCGAGCAAAGUACGGACGCAAGAAUGCACCAGCCGAGCAGAAUGUCGUUGACGCUAGCGAGGCUGAAGAGGCGGAUGACAAUGGCAGCCAGGGGAAGGCGUCAACGUCAACAUCAAAGAAAAAGCGCCCGAUAAAGGCAACUCCCAAACGCCGUGCGAAUGGUCUACAGAUCGAUGAUGAAGAAGCAGACAGAAUCUCGUCAGAUGAAGAACCUAGGACACAGAGGCCGAUGGUUAUCGACGUGGCCGACCUUCCGUCCGAUGAUGACGAAGAUGAUGCGCCUCAGACAGGAGCGGCACAGCACGAAAUUCAUCAACAGUGCUACAAGAUGCUGUUGAAUGUUAGAGAGAAGUCUGCAACCGAGGCAAAGUGCUCGCCUGCAGAUAUUCUCUCGGAUGAUCAUCUGCAAAUGCUUUCGAUAAAUUUGCCAGAAUCCAAGGAGCAAAUGGAUGAGGUGACGGAUCGUCGGGAUGCUCCGCUAUGGCAAAAGUAUCGAAUACGUUUCCUUGGAAUAUGUCGCCAAUUUUCGGAUGAGCUGGGAGAUGCGUAUUACCAGCAAACCCAAGCUGUUGCCGCCAUGGCACCACCGCCGCCAAAAGCAAAACAAGACAGUCGCCUGCCACCAGCGCCAGCUCCAGCCCCACCCAGGCAGCUGCCCUCCGAACCGUCCUCUAAUCGGUCGGUACCAGACAUCCAUCAAUUCGCAUUCGUCCCUCCGGACAGAAGCAGUGGGAGUGUCCACCGAACGAACCGAAAGGCAUCUUCCUCAUCGCCCACCAAAGGCCAGCCGAAUGCGACACUGCUCGGCCCACCUGCUCCAGCUGUGCCGCCAAAGCGGGCCAAUACGAACAUUACACCGGCGGCACAUAAGUUGAAACCACAUGCACCUGCCUUCAAGAGCCGUCCAGUCGCUUCUGGCGGUGGUAUUCGUGCGAUGCCUGUGUCGAAAACGCCUUCGCGCCUGUCGAGGUUCUGAGGUAACUCAAAGCUUUGUAAGAAGCAAUUGUCGCUGUUAUGGGGAGACGGACGCUGCAACUGGCUCUCUUGUAUCACAUACACAUGCAAAGCACAUGAAGCGAAUGCGGACAGUUAUAAAUUACUAUUGAGAUUUGCUCUCUGCUCGUUUCCGAAGCAGUGCUUCGCUGCGUUCGACCUGCGAUACGCUCGACCGUAUGGAUAGGAACGCAUAGAGUGCUGUCAAGCCGAUGAC